GUCGGGGGGUCCCGGCUGCCCCCCCCUCCCCACAACGAGGAGCAGACGGACGGGGAGAGCGAGGGGCUUUGCUCCCCCCCCACAUCCCCCUCCGGGUCCUACAUGACGGCCGAGGGGGGCAGCUGGGGGUCCUCCGGCACCGCCAGCACCUCCCCGUCCUGCUCCCCCAACCUGGUGGCCGAGGCCGAAGCCAUGGCGGUGGCCGAGGCUGAAGGUGAGGAUGAAGAUGAUGACGACGAUGCCAUGGUGGAGGUCGAAACCAUGGGGGAGGUUGAAGCCAUGGCGGGGCUACACAUGGACGCAUCAGAGGAGGAAGAGGAGGAAGAAGAUGGGCCCUUUGCCCCACCGGGGGUUGAUGAUGAUGACGAUGGGCAGACGCCAGAGGAGGAAGAUGAGGAUGAGGAGGAAUGGGGGGUGUCGGAGGACGCGGGGCUGAUCCCGGCGGCCCUGCUGCCCUUCCGCGGCAGCCUCCUCUUCCAGGCUGAGGCGGUGGAGAUUGCCCCGCUGCCCCCCGCCACGGCCGCCCGGGAGGAAGAUGAGGAGGAAGAAGAAGUAGAGGAGGAGGAAGAAGAAGGCGGUGGCAGCACCUCGGCCUCCUUCCUCCACUCCCUGUCUGAGACCUCCAUCACCGAGGGGGUGGACGAGUCCUUCGCCUUCCGUGAUGACACCUCGGCCUCCUCCGACUCGGCGGCCUACGAUGGGGAGGAAGAUGAGCGGCUCUACGGCACCGAGCGCCAUGCCCUGGGGGCUGAGGGGGGGCCCCCCACCUCCCGUGUCCCCCCCCGGCAUGGUGGCAUCGAACUCCACCUUCACGCUGGGACGGCGCUGGCCACCCCUGCCUCAGGGGAAGGGUCCCCCCGGCACGGCCACCACGAGGGGAUGGUGGCCACCACGGAGGAGCAGCAGGAUGGCAGCGAGACCCCCCCGGCAGCCUCCGGAGAAGGCAACGUGGAGCCUGAUGGCUCCUUCCUCACCUCCUCCUCUUCCUCUUCGGAGCUGGAUGCCCCUGGGGGGUGUCCCUCACCAGAGCCCCCCCAGGUCCCGGAGGAGGUGACGGAGAUGGCGGGUGCCCAGGAGGAGAUGGUGGUGAAGGAUGAGUCCAUCACAGAGCUGGUGGCCACCGGCAGCGUCCUGCAGCCCCCUGGACUCUGCUCUGGGGAGCCCCGGGACCCCCAAACCCAUGGGGUUGAGGGGGACAAUGUGACACCAGCCAACGGAGAGCCCCAGGGUGGCCAUGGGAGUGAUGGUGACAAUGGUGACAGUGACCAUGAGCUUGGCAUCGUGAGAGCAGGGAGCAACGAGACAGCAACCACUGAUGGUCAUGAUGAGCUGGACACCACGGCCACUGAGGUGGUGGCAUCGUUGACACCCAGCCUGUCGGCCACUGUGGCCACUGAGCUGGUGGCAUCAGUGACGCCCAGCCCGCUGGCCACCAACCUGCUACCAUCAAUGACAUCAAGCCCACCAGCCACUGACCUGGUGGCAUCGGGGACGCCAAGCCCUCUGGCCACCAACCUGGUACCAUCGGUGACAUCAAGCCCACUGGCCACUGACCCGGUGGCAUCGGUGACAACCAGCCCGCCAGCUACUGUGGCCAUGGACCCGGUGCCAUCGAUGUCACCCAGCCCGCCGGACGAGCUGGACACCACGGCCACCGACCCAGCACCACCAUCGGUGACAUCCAACCUGCCUGAUGGCGUGGGGGACGGUGCGGUGACACCAGGGGACGUGUCCCCAUGUGAUGCUGACGAGGAUCUGACAGAUGUGGUGGCCACCACCAGCGAGUCCCUGGAGGUGGAGGUGACCACGUGUCCCACGGAGCCGGGGCCGAUGGCGGAGGGGAUGACAACGUGUCUCGCCGUGGACCCCAGCGAUGUCCCCGAGGAGUGGGACAAUGCCACCACCGCCUCCUCCGAGGACUCGUCCCCGGAGCUGCUGGAGACCUCCCGCUCCCGCACUGACUCCAGCUUCUUCACCGCCCCCGAGGACAGCGCGGGGGAGAUGGCUGUCCCCCCCAGACCCCCGUCUUCUGAGGAGGAGGAAGAGGAGGAGGAGGAUGCUGCCCGCCGCUGCCUGGCCCUCUGCCUGCCCCCCUCGCCCCCCGCUGUCCCCCCUUUGCUCUUCACCGCCUCGGAGCGGGAGGUGUACGUGGGGGUCCCCCCGGCCCCCCUCGAACUGCUCCAACCACCCGGUGCCUUUUCGGAGAGCGGGGCGGCCUGGGAGGACCGUCAACGGGUCACCGCCAUGUUAAGGGGCUCCUUCGGGGACCUGCCGGCCCCCCGACACCCCCCCAGGUCCCCCGAGCCCCCCGAGGUGCCCCCGCACCCCAAACUCAGCCAAGUGCCUCCUCUUGCCACCACCACCAUCGCGCCGUCACCGCCAUCAUCACCUGGCCCCCAGGACACCUCAGGGCUCCCCGCCGGCGAGGAGCGUCCCUCCGUCCUGCCACCAUCCAGGAAGCACCUCGAAGCCCCCCAGCCCUCCCCACGCAAGGAGAAGGAGCCCCGGGGUCGCCAGGCAGGGCCGGGCAGUGGGGGCAACCGGGGGCCCCCCCGGGGGUCCCUACAGUCGGAGUCGAGCUCCUCCAGCGAGGGGGACCCCCCGUACCCCUGCCCCGAGAUCCAGCGCCUGCGGGAGGCCGCCGGCAUCGCCCUGCGCCAGGACAAGCAGCCCCCGGCCCCCCGCCGCUGCGAGGCCAACCACAAAGGGUCCUGUAACGAGUCGGAGAGUAACGAUGAGUCCAUCCCGGAGCUGGAGGAACCCGAGGGCUCGGAGCCACCACCAGCCCAGACCCAGGCACAGCUCACCCACUCGCUGGGCACCGGGGAGGAGACCGUCAGUAAAGCCAAGCAGAGCCGGAGCGAGAAGAAGGCCAGGAAGGCCAUGUCCAAGCUGGGGCUGCGGCAGAUCCACGGCGUCACCCGCAUCACCAUCCGCAAGUCCAAGAACAUCCUCUUCGUCAUCACCAAACCCGACGUCUUCAAGAGCCCCGCGUCCGACAUCUACAUCGUCUUCGGGGAAGCCAAGAUCGAGGACCUGUCGCAGCAAGUGCACAAGGCGGCGGCGGAGAAGUUCAAGGUGCCCAUGGAGCACUCACCCCUCAUCACGGAGACGGCCCCGACCCUCACCAUCAAGGAGGAGAGCGAGGAAGAGGAGGAGGUGGAUGAGACAGGGCUGGAGGUGAGGGACAUCGAGCUGGUGAUGGCCCAAGCCAACGUCUCGCGGCCCAAAGCCGUGCGGGCGCUUCGGCACAACAACAACGACAUCGUCAACGCCAUCAUGGAGCUGACCAUGUAGCAGCCGGGGGGGUGUCCCGGCCCCCCCCUCCAAUCCCCCCAACCCUGUAUAGAUGCACAGUUAUCCCCCCGCCCUCGCCAUCCUUCCUCCAGGACCCCCCCAUCCUCCUCCUCCCCCUCUGUAACGCUCAAUA